CUUAGCAAUACUACCAGAUCACCUAGUAUUGCCUGUCACCACCCGUGAUAGUCUUCCCCAGAGCUAAGGUACUUCGAGGGCUUCCAAAUAUUGUUGUUGUCUGCAAGAAAAUCAUUCCAAUGCUUUUUCUUUUGUUGCCGGAUGGCAUUGAAAUACUGCUUUACAGCUCCCCUCGCCAAGCCCUCUAGUUCAGCUGUCCUCCAUCCCGCCCGGCGUUCUGCACGAGCACGGUUCCUCCAAUAUGUGUGGAUGUGUCGGAACCGCUACGAGGCAAACGAAGGGAAAAAAUGGUCAGUGGUCGCAGAGUGUCACGAGGAUGUCAAUUUUUUGGUUGUUCCUGAUGUUGAUUGUGUUCUGUGUUCUCAACUGUCCGAUUUUCCAGACAGCCUCCAGGGUGUCUAUCACCACCCACAUGUGGCUGCGUUGGGUCUGUGGUCCACCAUCGCUUUGCGUAUAGCGAGGGCCGCGCUUUUGGUGUGAGGGCAUGGACCGUCUCCAAGACAGCCGACAUGAGUCGGUCCGUUCUCUGUCGCACCGUCCCCUCCGUCGUCGGGACAGUUCCUAGUAUAGUUGCAAUUCGGGUUCUGAUCUCUUUUC